CAUUCUACACUUAGUGUAGAAUUCUGUGGUUUCAUUUUAUCGUUUUUCCCACACAAAAAGGGUAACUCUGUUUUCAAAGUUUGCGCUUUUUCAAAGAGGGCGCCACCAGAUUUUGAGACACUUUAUUCAAAGAGAAAAGUGAACUAUCUUGUUAUUGGCUACACGAUCCAUGUUUAGAUAGAUUUAAUAAAAAUUUGGAGGGGAAAAGAAUCGGGUUAUAAAUUUCCGGUGACAUUUUUCACCCAGCAACAAUAAUCAGUAAUCAGUAUGGCGUCCAGAAGUAGAUCAUCCAGAACCAGAGGAUCAUCCGAAACUCUUGAUCUUGUUUUAGUGUUUGGUGUGAAAAAAUUACCCAUUCAUCUGGAUUUGUUGGAAGAGGAGGGCCGAGCAGAACGUCUCAAUCUGUACCAUCUGUCGCAGGCUGUGUACCGAGAGACACAAGUGGAGCCUUCUUGUCAGAAGAUUAUCUUCCGAGGCCGCACGCUGUUUAAACCCAACGACCUUGACACAGUGUUUAUGAACUCUAGUUUGUCCUCGCUGGGGCUGAGAGAUGGAGACAGAGUGAUGGUGUUGGGGAGAAAGGCGAGUGAGAGAAGGGAUUCCUCAGAAUCAAAGGGCAGCCAAGACUCGAACAAUCCCCUAACACAAUUGUCCAGUGAGGUAGACGCAAUCUGUGGCCGGUGUGAGCAGCACAUCUCAGCCGUUGGUGACGCUCGUGAUCUGGCAAGUCUGAAAGCGGGCAAAAAGUGCAUUAUGGGAAUCCACGAGGAAUCGAUGAAGCUACUGGAGAAAAUCGACUCGACCCCAGCCAGGGAGGAUGAGGACUAUCGAAAACAGCGGAAAUCUCUCGUGAAUAAAUUGCAGGCCUUACUGGACAGAUGCGAAGAUCACCUGGACAAAGUGAAGCAAAAAAUACGAACCUUGGAACAAGAUGGCCGACCCAGUUAACGACUGCCAAUUUAGUCUGACUAGAAUCUAGAUUAUGUUGCAUGGGCGUGUUGGAAUCGGAAGUGGUAGAUCUUGUUGUUCUUGAUAAUGAUGCAAUUGUUGCUGUUCUGCCGUGAUUUUUAAAAAUAUACAAUAUGUGCAGUUUUGACAAUUUUACAGGAAAGCCCCCAAAAAACUGAAUGUU